AUGCAGGCCUGCCCCAUGUCAUGCCUUUCUGAAACCACUGGAAAAGCCAAAGAUCGGAUCGUGCAUUCACCUUCGCGGGGUAUCCGAGUACUGUGUACUCGACCAGCCGCAGGCCACACGGAUGGAAAGGAAAAUAGCAAAGAGUAUACCGACAUCAAUUACAUCAUGGCAAUGUAG